UAAUUUCAUGCCCUCACUCUCUCUCUAUUUCUCUCUAGCUGUUUGGUUCUUGCAGGCCAUUUCUUCGCUGUUAUCGGGUGUGCUUCCGUUUUAAGCAUUUCCGCCCUCCGAGAACAGAGAAAACCCUAAGAUCGACCUGAAAAGAAGAGAUUUUUGAUGGUCUGGUCCGUCGUUCACCUAUGGAGUUCGAAACCCUAACCAUCGCUUCUCCACAGCGGCAGCUCGCCAUGUGCUCUCUCAGGGGAUUAUUUUUCACUGCGAAGAUUGUUCAUUUCAUUAUGGUUCUUUCAUGUACCUUCUUUUGGUUCACUGCAUGUGGGCCGUGCUCCCUCAAUGGAAUGAAAAGCUCGACCAAAUAUGAUGCGUGUGGGGCCUACAAUGAUAAUCAUGUUUCUGUUUUGCAAGAUGUUAUCACUGGUGAUCCUAGUACAGGCUAUGUUCCGGGAAGUCCAAUGACACCUGCCAGUGUUGACAGUUUCUGUACCGAUUCUCGUUCAUUCUGCUUCCAUUCGACAAUGCCGGGUUUUCUGAAUAAAAACUGUAAGUUCAAAGCAGCUGCUUCAGAAAUUUAUGGUAGUAACGAUACUGAUCCAUUGUCUUUGGGAUCAACUCAUAGUAGUGGAUGGGCGAGUAACAGAAGUUGGUCAACAGACAAUGCUGCAUUUGCGGGGUCAAAUGGCAAAACUAUUUCUUGCUCUCUAAGUUCAAAAAAGGAUCUCUAUGGUUUAGCAUUUACACAAACUGAUGGAGUUGAUCGACAUGAGCUUUCUACAUGUGAGGGACCCUUGCAAAAUCCAAAGAGCAUGACUAGGCUUAGGAAGGACUCUGAGCAUACCAACACAGAUAUUCAUGUCGCUUCACCCAGUGUGGACAUAAGCCCUCCUUUAUUGGACUGGGGAGAAAAAAAUUUAUACUAUCCUUCUGUAGCAUUUUUGACAGUGAAAAAUAUCCAUAACGACAGCAUUUUACAUAUUUAUGAGCCAUUCAGUACCAACAUACAAUUUUAUCCUUGCAAUUUUAGUGAAGCUAUCUUAGAGCCUGGUGAAGUAGCUUCAAUAUGUUUUGUCUUUCUACCUAGAUUUCUGGGCAUGUCCUCAAGUCAUCUGAUUCUGCAGACUAGCUGUGGUGGUUUUCUGGUCCUUGCUAAAGGCUUUGCAAUUGAGUCACCUUACGAGAUUCAGCCUUUAUUAAGCAUUGAUGUCCUUCCUGAUGGGAGAUUGAGAAAGAACUUGUCUUUAUUUAAUCCUUUCAAUGAAACCCUAUUUGUGAAGGAAGUCACUGCUAGGUUAUCAGUUUAUCAGGGGAAUACUUCCCAUCUCACUGAGACAACAUGUAGUAUAGAUAAACUUCAGGAAUCCAAUGAGCUUCUUUUGCCGAGUAUUAGAGAUUGGCUUGUUUUGAAGAAAGGUCAAGGUGGUUUUCCAUUGAUGGCUAUAAGACCUCACGAAAACUGGGAGUUUAUCGCUCACAAAAGUGGAAUUGUCUUAGAGGUAGACCUCUCAUAUGAAUCUGAAGGGAAGAUUAUCGGCGCUAUUUGUAUGAAAUUGGUAAGGUCUUCACAGGAUCAGUCAGAUACUGUUGUGGUUCCUAUUGAGGUCAACCUAAAUGGCAAAGCGCCCAACGAUGAUAUUGAAGAAUCUCUUUCAGUUUAUCUUGAGGCUGUCGUGCCAUGUGACGCAACUGGAACUGUUGUUUCCAUCUCUCUGAAAAAUGGUGGCCCUGAUAUGUUGAGUGUUCUCAAAGUUAGUGGUAUUGCAACUGCAAAAGAUUUCCAGAUCAAGUAUGUGGAGGGUUUACUUCUUUUCCCUGGCACUGCUACACAAGUUGCUGUCAUUAAUUGUACAGAGUUGGCUGUAGAAUUAAUUGAGCGUCCUCUUGAAUUUUCAAAGACAGAUACGAAUUGUAAGUUACUUAUACUGACAAAUGACUCGAGUAGUUCCGAGACUGUCAUUCCUUGUCGGGACAUAAUCUAUGUCUGUUCAAGGCAUCAAAAUGAUUCAUCCUUUGGGCACAGAUAUCUGUCUAGAGAGGUUGGGCCUGGAAACAUGAGGACAGGGUCUUUAGAGAACAGCUUAAUGGUGCCAUCACCGAUAAAGGCACUGGAGACUGUGGAAGCAGAUGAAUCAGUACUGGGAAACUGGAAAUCUCAAGGAACCACAACUGGAAUGUCUGUGCUUGAUGAUCAUGAGAUACUUUUCCCAAUGGUUCAGGUUGGAACUCAUGGCGGUAAGUGGAUCAACGUGAAUAAUCCCAGCCAUCAGCCUGUUGUCAUGCAGCUUAUUCUUAACUCAGGAGGAGAGAUUGUUGACGAAUGCAAUGUCCUAGAAGGUUCUAUACAGUCCCCCUCAUCAGGUGGCAUAAUUCGCCGUGGUUAUACUGCGCAGAAAAAAUAUGGAUUCUCAAUAGGGGAGAGUGCUCUAACUGAGGCCUUUGUUCAUCCUCAUGGCAUUGCAUCUUUUGGGCCGAUAUUCUUUCACCCUUCAGAUCGAUGUAGGUGGAGAAGUUCAGUCCUGAUAAGGAACAAUCUUUCUGGUGUGGAAUGGUUAUCUUUGAGAGGAUAUGGGGGGUCAGUUUCGCUAACCCUACUUGAGGGGUCAGAGCCCGUUCAGAGCGUAGAAUUUAACAUGAAGUUACCAACUCCUCUCAAUAUCUCCCCUCCAGACAUCUUAUUUCAUGUGUCUGAGAUGUCUUAUGCCUGCUCACAGCCAUUGACGAAAGAGCUGUUUGCCAAGAAUACCGGUGACCUCCCCCUGGAGGUGAAAAGUAUAAAAGUUUCAGGGACAGAGUGCUGGUUUGAUGGGUUUUUGGUGCAUACUUGCAAAGGUUUUUUUCUUGAUCCUGGAGAGUCAGUAAAGCUUCUGAUAACGUACCGAACUGACUUCUCGGCAGUUAUGGUACGAAGAGAUCUUGAACUUGCUCUUGCUAGUGGAUAUCUUGUGAUACCCAUGAAGGCGAGCCUUCCUUUUCAUACUCUCAAUCUCUGUAAGAAAUCAGUAUUUUGGAUGCGACUGAGGAAAUUCUCCGUAGCAGUCCUUAUUGCUGUUUCCUUUAUGUUUCUGGUAUUUUGUUGCGUAUAUCCCCAAGUGACAGUCUUCAGCUCGCAGGAUUACUUGUACAGGAGUGAGAAAAGGUCCAUCACUUCUAAGAGGAGUGACCAUAGAAACAAUAAGUUUCCCGCAUCCAUUAGCAGGGAUUGUUUGUUUAGGUCAGUUCAGGAAUACCAAAUCAUGAAGCAGACAUCGGUUUGUAAAUAUCUUUUUGGUCAAGGGGGAGUUGUUAAAGAGGGUAUGGCUGCUCAUCAUGAGAAACCAAUUUUGGAAAAUCACAGGAAUAUUUUCUUGGAGGCUGAGAAGGACAAAGCAUUUCCAUCUCCGCAGAAGGACCCUGCAGCUCUCGAGAAUUCUGUUCCAGUGGAUGCUUCCCAUACUGGCAACCUUGUGAUUAGGAUUGGGAAAGAAAAAAGAAAGCGAAGGAAGAGAAAAGGCGUUGUUGGUACUGGUUUAAUUGGUCAAAUUGAAGUUUCAAGCAGUCACAGUGGGAAUUCUACACCUUCAUCCCCCUUAUCGCCUGUCAUAUCCGUGACACCUAGCCGUGCACAUUCACUGUCUCCUGAUGUGGAUCCUGUUGGGACUAAGAAUCACUUUACUAAAGUUAUUGACCAACACAGUGAGAAGAGUCAAAUUUCUGAACCAACUGCAAAAGCAACUGUAUUCAAGCAAAGCAUUUCUUCCAACUGUUGCAGUGACAAAUCAUUCGCUUCAACUACAGGGCAUCCUUCAUCUCUUAGGGAAACUGUUAGCAAACCUGUUUUGCUGCCUUCUGCUACUUUUCCUGGUUCUAGCAGGGCUGCUCCUAUUAUCCCAUGUUCAUCUCCUUUGUCUUCAAAAUCGGCACUUGCUCCUCAUGCUCGUGCUCCAGGUCCCAAACUCUGCAAUCAGAAAACUAUGAAAGUAGAAGAGAAAGUAGGGGAUGAAUAUGAAUAUAAUAUCUGGGAUGACCAUCUCUCUAGACUCCAUUUCAUGGGUGUUUCGAAGAACAUAACAACCAUGAGUGUCGGGGCUAGAGAAGAGAACUCCUAUAGCUUCUUUGUAAGAGGUCCUGAAGCCUUCAUUACAAAGCCUCAGCAAAAAUAUGUAAGUUGUUUCAAACAAGAGGGUUAAUGAAAAUGACCAAAUAAGUUAAAAAUAAUCUUCUGCCUCUGUCUCUUUAACUUGCUCUUUCAAAAUUCCCAUACACAUGAAAACGACGUGAAAAUCAUAGAACAAUGCAUGUGCAUGCAUUGUUCUAUGAUUAACGCUUAUGAUAUGUUAAUGCUUCUAGAUCUUGGUCUGUA